AUGAAGUUUUUAUUUAUAAUAUUGUUUGUAGUACAGUCCUUCGGACUUGGAUCUUUUGUGGAUAAAGAUAGAAAGGAGAAUACAGAAUUAUCGAGAGCAUUGGAUGACCGGCCUUUACUGUUUGCUACUUUAGGGGGUGGGAUGAUUGCUGUGGACCCUUUAUCGGGAAAUAUUAUUUGGAAAUUAAAAGAUGAACCAGUGGUAAAAGUUCCGAACCAACAUGCAAAUCUUAUGCCCCAAUUUUUACCGGACCCUCGACAUGGAUUUUUGUAUAUGUACGGUCCUAGGGGGGACAAGCAGAUGCUCAAAAAGCUACCGUUUACAAUACCAGAGUUGGUAGCAAAUGCGCCGUGUCGUUCCUCUGAAGGUAUACUGUAUACAGGAAAAAAGAGCGACACUUGGUUUAUAUUGGAUCCCUUGACUGGUACGAGGGAACAUAUAUCAGGUUUUGAUUCAUCUAAAAUAUUUAAGAGCGAUGACGAAAACACGUGUCCACCGGACAAAAAGCGUGGUGUUUACGUCGCGCGCACUGAGUACAACAUUUUGAUGCACGACGCCAAUAACGAGAAUCAGAAAUGGAAUGUCACAUUUUUUGAUUACACUUCACAUGCUAUGGGCAAAGAAAUGCUUAAUGAUUAUGGCAUAAUUCACUUCACAUCAACAUCAAAUGGGCGUAUAAUGUCAUUUGAUCGUAAAACUGGUGAUUUGGUAUGGUCCCAUAACUUAGAGACGCCGGUUGUCGCCGCCUACUUGCUAGAUCGCGAAGGUCUUAUCUCAGUGCCAUUUAACUCUAUUGGCGAUGACACUUUAGAUCAUAUCAUGGAGGAUGCAACUACUUUGAGGAAUGGGCAGGGAAUUAAAAAUUCUAAUAUUGAGCUACAUCCAACAUUAUACAUUGGAGAGCAUAACCACGGCCUGUACGCUCUAUCUUCACUCGUGGACAAAAAUACAGUAACAAUAUCCACUGGUCACAAACCCUUACUUCUAGAAGGUCCAGUCACGGAAAAUCAGGCAAAUGCCGAGAAAAUCACAUACGAACCUUUCAAGAACAUUUAUUACGAAUUAAACGAUAUAAAUGUACACGUGACUCCACCAUAUUUACUAUUAGGCCAUUAUAAAGUGCCAGAGUUGACGACAACAUGGAUACCUAAACUGACAAAUUCCAAGUUCAUAAACAAUCACCCGAAUCAAAAUAACGCUGUUAAAUUAAUUAAUGGGGAAGUCCAUACGGAUUCUGAUAAGGAUGGUGAGAAUGAAACCAACUUAAAGUCUAGUUCAGUGUCCGUUUCGGUACAAACUGAGGAUUUCGAAGAGUUUCACUUCAGACCAGAUUUGUGGUACAAAAAAGCGUAUAUUUGGUUGCAUCAGCAAGAGAAUAAGGCUUUGAAAGUUUUGCUUAUUAUCUUGAUGGGUCUCGUCGUCACGUUGUUUUGGUAUCUCCGAUAUCAGGCUAGAGAAUUUCAACAACUUUCCCAAGGCGGGUCUAGAAGUUCCAACACAUCGACGUCAUCAUCCGGCGAAGUCACCGGUCAUUUGAUGGAGAUAGGCGAAGGUGAAGUGCGUAUUGGAAGAAUAAGUUUCUAUACUGAUCAAGUUCUUGGGAAGGGUUGUGAAGGGACCUUUGUGUAUAGAGGCACAUUCGACAAGCGAGCGGUGGCCGUGAAGCGGCUGCUGCCCGAGUGCUUCACGUUCGCGGACCGCGAGGUGGCGCUGCUGCGCGAGUCGGACGCGCACGCGCACGUCGUACGGUACUAUUGUACGGAGCGGGACAAACAGUUCAGGUACAUAGCACUAGAACUUUGUUCAGCGACCCUGCAGGACUAUGUGGAGAAGAAACUAAACUUUGACUGUAAAAUAGAUGCAGUAGAAGUUUUACGACAAGCUACUAUGGGCUUAUCUCAUUUACAUUCCAUGGAUAUAGUUCACAGAGACAUAAAGCCUCAUAAUGUGUUGCUCUCGAUGCCGACCGGCUCAGGGGAAGUGCGUGCGAUGAUAUCAGACUUCGGUCUGUCCAAGAAGUUGAAUAUAGGCAGAGUCAGCUUCUCUAGGCGGUCCGGUGUGACCGGCACUGAUGGGUGGAUCGCUCCUGAGAUGAUUAAUGGAGAAAGGACGACCACAGCAGUCGACAUGUUUUCAUUGGGUUGCGUGUUCUACUACGUACUAUCGAAGGGGUACCAUCCGUUUGGCGAUGUUUUACGGCGACAAGCGAACAUACUCACUGGAGAUUAUAACUUGGAUCAGUUAGAUAAAGAGCUACCUGAAGAAGAGCUGGUGAUAACAAAGAUGUUGAUCCGCGCGAUGAUAUCCGCGCGCGCGCAGCUCCGCCCGCCCUGCGACUCCGUGCUCCGCUGCCCCAUGUUCUGGGGCAAGCAGAGCAUCUUGAACUUCUUACAGGACGUGAGCGACCACGUGGAGAGCCUGCCGGCGGCGGCGCGGGCGCUGGCGCGGCGCGCGCGGCGCGUGACGCGCGGCGACUGGCGCGCGCGCGUGUGCGGCGCCGUGGCGGGCGACCUGCGCGCGCGCCGCACCUACCGCGGCGACAGCGUCGCGCACCUGCUGCGCGCCAUACGCAACAAGAAACAUCACUAUCGGGAACUGGAUAUCGAAGUUCGUGAAAGUCUUGGUAAAUUACCAGAUGGCUUCGUCUCGUACUGGUUGAGAAGGUUCCCUCUCCUUUUGCCGCAUGUAUGGCUUCAAAUGCAGCAGUACAGACAUGAGGACAUCUUGCAAGUGUACUACCCACAGUCCUUCACAUUUAAUAGAGAUGACGUCAUCGAGUUGUACUGCACCGAUUCUGAUGAAGAUUUACCAGUAAGCGAUCCUGAGAAUGACUUGUACAUCACCGAGGAUACUUCUAAAUUUAAAAAAAUCUACAAAAAUGGUUCUCCGAGAAGAAAAAUGGAGGAUUGGCGAACUGAGGGCCGUUCUGAUUUUAGAAUACGACCAGAUGACGUCAGAAUGCGCGACAAACAUUUUUAUAAGAAGAAAGAGAAGAAAAAAGAAGAUAUGCCUGUUUGGACUUUACCCCCGCAG